AUGACUGACAAAAAAGCAACUCUCAUUGAAAUAGGUAAAAAAGCAUUGGCAGAAACAGAGAAAUUAGCUACAGUAUAAAGAUUUGGAUUAUUUUCAUCCCCAGUUCCAUUAGGGAUGGGAGAUAAUAGUUAUGACAAUAAACCAAGACGUUCUAGAUUUAAUUUUAUAAAUAGCUCCUAGAAAUGAUUAAGGUAAACCUAUUACUUCUCCUUCAAAUAUAAAAAUUACUGGUCCUAAAUCAGGGAAAAUAAGAUCGUCAUACUUUAGUUUGUUAGGCUUUACAACAAUAGGUGAUAAAUAUCUAGAUCCAGAAAGAAGGAUUAGAAUUCAAGAAUUAGAAGAGAAAAAGAAAUAUGCAUCUGAAGAUAAAAAGAAUUUUAUACCACCUUCAGGAUAUAAGGAGAUGAUGGGAAAUUCAUAUCCUCAUAUGCCUGAUUAUGAAAUACCUAAAGGACCAAAUAAUCAUAAAGGCUAAGAUAAUAGAGUACAUAUAGGACCUAAAAAUAUAACAACAAAUCCUGCAAGCAAAGCAUUAAGUUAAUUUCCAAAGCAUGAGAAAGAUGAAUAUAAUAGAUAUUAAUAAUUUGAGAGAGAAAGAAUAUUCAAUGAAUAGAAAUUAUUAAAAGAUAAAUAACCUUUUAAAAGCACUAUUUUUACAACUGAUAAUUUCAGCUCAGAUAAAGUGGUUUAUGGAGAAACAAACCUACCUAAAGUAAGUCUUCUGUUAUUAAUAAUUCCUAUAGCCAACAUAGGUUAAAGAAUUUAAACCAAAUAUAAUGAAGCACGAUGCUCCAUUCAAACCUUCUAAUCCUACUAAAAGUGGAGAAACUGGUUGUUUAGGCAAGUAUCCAGAAUAUAAGGGUGAUCCACUUAAACCAACAUAAAGAAGAGAUUUUGUCAAAGGUAAAGAACCAUUUAAGUAAUGUGAAAAAUAAAUUAAGACCUAAUCAUUUAAUGGAUAUUGUUAGGCCUACUCCUAGUAUUUCUUGUUUUCCAUAUAACCUUAAAAGAGAACUUAAUAACCGUGUAUUUUGA